UGGCGCCAGCCACGUUGGACGCGGGGCAUCCCUGCCUAGAGGCCACUCCCGGCCCCACAAUGCACUGCGAGGCGCGUCACUCGGAGCGGCCCGUCCAGGCUCGACAGGUCCUCUCUGUGGGUUGAAAUGUCUGUGAUUUUGUCUGCCUCAGUUGUUCGUGUCAGAGAUGGACUGCCACUUUCUGCUUCUACUGAUUAUGAACAGAACACAGGAAUGCAGGAGUGCAGAAAGUAUUUUAAAAUGCUUUCAAGAAAACUUGCUCAACUUCCUGAUAGAUGUACACUGAAAACUGGACAUUAUAACAUUAAUUUUAUUAGUUCUCUGGGAGUGAGCUACAUGAUGUUGUGCACUGAAAAUUACCCAAAUGUUCUCGCCUUCUCUUUCCUGGAUGAGCUUCAGAAGGAGUUUAUUACUACUUAUAACAUGAUGAAGACAAAUACUGCUGUCAGACCGUACUGUUUCAUUGAAUUUGAUAACUUCAUUCAGAGGACCAAGCAACGAUAUAAUAAUCCCAGGUCUCUUUCAACAAAGAUAAAUCUGUCUGACAUGCAGAUGGAAAUCAAGCUGAGGCCCCCUUACCAAAUUCCCAUGUGUGAACUGGGGCCAGCCAAUGGAGUAACAUCUGCAUUUUCUGUUGAUUAUAAAGGUGCUGGUAAGAUUUCCUCCGCUCACCAGCGACUGGAACCAGCCACUCUAUCAGGGAUUGUGGCAUUUAUCCUUAGUCUUCUAUGUGGAGCUCUAAAUUUAAUUCGAGGCUUUCAUGCCAUAGAAAGUCUCCUACAGAGUGAUGGUGAGGAUUUUAACUACAUCAUUGCGUUUUUCCUUGGAACAGCAGCCUGCCUCUACCAGUGUUAUUUACUUGUCUACUACACCGGCUGGCGGAAUGUCAAAUCUUUUUUGACUUUUGGCUUAAUCUGUCUAUGCAACAUGUAUCUCUAUGAACUACGCAACCUCUGGCAGCUUUUCUUUCAUGUGACUGUGGGAGCAUUUGUCACUCUGCAGAUCUGGCUGAGGCAAGCCCAGGGCAAGGCUCCCGAUUAUGAUGUCUGACAUUCUUCAGAUGUGUUGCCUUGGCUUCAGGGGAAAAGGAGGGGACAUAUCUUAACUGCCACUGUGAUGAAGAAACCAGUCACCACAAAUGAGAAGCUCUGUAUUCGUUUUCUCCAAUUUUCCUGUUUCUAAAUCAGCAUAGCAUGCCUGUGAGCAUGCAAGACCUCGUAGGGAAGCUCUUCUCUGAAGAAUUUCGGCAGUGAGCUUGUAGAGAGGAAGAGGAGGAGCCUUGUCUCUUCAUAGCCAUAAGAAUGGAAGACGUCAGACUCUACCAGAAGACCUGGCUAGCUGUCCUGAGUCCUCACCUGAGCUCAGUCAAAACAACGGCCUGGAAUUGCUGAGGACCAAGCAGGCACUGCACUCGGAGUUUGCCUUCGUGAGGCAUCACUAUAGACCAAAUAAAAAGAUGCUGCAGAAAUUGGAACGUACAUGUUUUGAAACAAAAGAUUGUGCUAAAUAUCAGAUUAUUUGUAUAUUUAUCGUAGUAAGAUUUUAGGAGUUCAGGGUGGUGUAGAACUGGGUGUAUUGCUUUUCUGGUUUUGCCCAAGUCCUAACUCUGGAAAUCACCUGAUACAGGAGAAAGCUGUGGUGAGUUUGUCUCUGGAACCUCACAAGUAUUGGAAGUACAAUGGUGUAUAUUUUCUUUUUAAACCGUGUUUUUUGUUUCUUUUGAAAUCACUUUUUAAAAAUGAUUCAUUAGACUAUAAUCAUUGUUCCCAAGUUUUGAUCACUUGAGUACUAUAUUCUCUAUUUAAUAUUUAUCUUUUUAAAUUUCAAAGUAUUUUUAAAAGAAACAAAUCCUGCUGUAAGAAGAAAGCCAGUGGCACUUUGCCAUAAAAAAAGAGUGAUCACAAAAUAAAUAAAAUUAAUACAAAAAAUGUUGCUAAGUUUUAGCUAGAUACUAAUGCCUGCCAAGGCUGUGAACUAAGAAGCCUGUACUUUGUAAAAGAGCUUGCCUGCCCAAAAUGAGACUCUGUGAAGUAAUCAGAGGGUAAAAGAACAUUCUAAAGGGAAUGACAUUUUCACUGUGAUUCAGCAUUACUUAAUUCUGUGCCAUGAGCCACCUAAAACAAUCUUAUAAUGUCAGCCAUGGUGUGGACCUGACUAUGGAAAUACUGGACCUUAUGUACCGGGAAUCAGAAGGUGACAUCCCUAGCAAUUCUGGCUAUGUUUCAGGUUUAGGGAAGUAAGCACCUAUUUGAAAAAACUAACUUUCUGAAAACAUUAGAAAGAUAUACAAGCAUUUCAAAUUAAUGAUAUAGGAACCAGAGUUCGAUUCCAUUAGUAAAAUCUGUAGCUCUCCUACUUUUGGAAGUUAUCUUCUUGAGUAAUUUUCCAUUGUUUUGAAAGAAAAGAUUCUAAAAUUGGAAUUCAUAGGGUAUUGAAAACCAGUAGGCACCAUUAUAUGUAAUUCAUGUUGGUGGGUAUGUUUAUUAAGUGGAAGAAAUAACUGGAGGGUAACGUCGUCAGGCUGCCUUGUUGGCCUGAAUUAGUAUAUGUGGGUACAGCUAGACUAUGUUUAAGAUCUUAAUUAGAACCUUGGCUCCCCUCUCCUUUUAGGAGAAUGAAAUGUAAGGAAGGCACAAAGCUUAUGUCAAGGAUUUAUUUUACUAAAAACAAUUCCAGUUCACUCUAUAUUCAUACAAGGCUGUAGAGAAAGUGUGUAUAUUCUGAAAGAGGUACCCAAGGUGUCAUAUAAUCUUAAAUCAGUGUUUGGGAUUUUGUACCUACGGAGCCAAAAAAGUAAAAGAGUUCUAAACUAAUGGCUUAAACAAAACUUUCUUGUAAAUUAUCAAUUAACCAGGAAGUUAUCAGUGUUAUCGGUUUGGUUUAGGAGCUAUCUCCUGAUCGUGGAAUUAAUUACUGAGUUACAGUGUUUGGUAUUUGGAUCCCUUCAAUAAGGACAUUUAAAAACUCACCAGCUAUUUUUUAAAGGCUUGGUUUUCUUUUUUUUUUUUUUUUUCAUUUCACCAGCUAUUUUGGAUAAAAGGAUGUUUACAUCUUAAUGUAAAAAAUGAAACAGGUAUAAAUAAUGUUUGAUGUGUACAAAUGCGUUCUUUCAUUACUUGGUGCCUACAUCCCUGAAUGAUUGCAUAGAUUUCUGUCUGUAUCAUAUCACUGACAAGAAAUUACGAAUUUGGAAAGAGAUUUUGGGCAUGUUUUUAAAGAAGUUCAUAGGCUCUCGAGAAAGAAUCACUUUGGCAUCUAAGGUAUAUGAUUAUAUUAGUCAGCUCUCCCUUUGCUGGGACACAAUACCUGACACACCUAACUUAAAGGAGGAGAGCUUUAAUUUGGCUCAUGGUUUAUGAGAGUUCGAUCCAUGGUUAGUUGAUUUCCAAAGCAGAAACAUCUUGGCAGAAGUGGUGGAGCACAACCUUCAUGGCAGCUCACCAGCAGAUCAGGGAACAAUGACAAGAAGAGGUCAAGGACCAGAUACAGGACCCCGAGCUCAUGUCUCCAUGACCAUCCAGACUCACCCAGAAGUGUGUUUUACUAAUCCCUUGGGCACCUCUAAAGCCAAUUGAAUUGACAGUCCUGCUUAACUCUCACCAUGAUACCAAUAUGUUAGAUUUAUAUUAUACUUUAACUUCUUAACAGCAAACCAGGUUUAUCUCCUUAGAAUGAAUUUUGUACUUCAAGGCAAGUAAACAGUAGCUUAUAUUAAGUGGAAGGAGACCAAGGUGAUCAGAUCUUAUUGACUUAUGCCACAUAGCUAAGCACACACAACUCUAAUCUCCUAACGUAGAGCCUUUUUCACUAAUGCGGGAUGAAUAAAGCUGAUCAAGAUUAUACUUACAGAAUAUGUUGAUUCUUGAUCAAAUCAAGUAAUUGAGGGAUUCUGAAAUCAGUGAGUCCAAGCCUGCUCCAGGUAUGGUUUAUCUUAGGUAUAAGUAUACCUUAAUAGGUAUAUAAUGUGUGGGUAUAUUUUGGUCUAAGUGGUGGAUGUGUAGCUAAGAUAAAUACAAGUAUAUUUUAUCUUAAUUUAGGAAACCAUGAAAUACUGCUUUUUUAUUGUGCCAGGAGAGCAAAAAUGCCCUUUUAUUUCUGCUUUUUUGCUCUGUAUUUGAAAUGUAUCUAAACUUUUCCCAGAGCAAUGGGAAUACAACAUACCAAGAGAAGACAUAAAAACAGUGUUAAUAAAAUAUGAACAGAAAGGGAGGAGAAACAAAAUUAAUGAAAAUGAAAAGAAGGGUUAAAGCAUUGCCACUAUUGUCACUGAUGUGAUUCUGGGACUUCCUAGAAGUUAGCCAGGUAAGCAUUGCUCUGUUAGUGGCAAGGUAGGGUGCUCUGUUCUGUAGCAUUCUGAUAAAAAGAUUCUCACUCGGACAGGGGAUAUAGCUCAGCUGCACAGUGCCUGUCUGGCAAGUGUGAGGUUGUGAGUUGAAUUCCUGGUACCAAAAAAAGAAAAAGAUUCUCAUUUGAGGGUCCUACAAAGUACUAAAUAAACAGAAUUUUUAAUUAUUUGA